AUGUCGCAGCAGCUGGAGGAUCAAACAUUCCACAAUUGUGUCUCCAAAGUCGUUUUCAUAUCGCAAUUUUUCGGUUUGUUGCCCGUCUCCAACAUAUUGGCCAAUGAUGUGCAUCGAGUCUAUUAUACUUGGUUUAGCCUACAUACCCUUUAUUCGGGGAUUAUAUUGCUUUUAAAUACACUGGAAUUUUUCACUGUGGGAUAUUUGGUGUUCAAAUUUGGUUUAAAUUUUCACAAUUCAGGUACAAUAUCUUUGUUUGUGGUGUGCAUGCUGGAGCAUGUGUACUUUUGGCGUUUGGCCAUAAAGUGGCCAUUUAUCAUGCGAGCCUGGCGCCGCACAGAAGAGAUAUUCCUGCGACCGCCAUAUCGUAUAUAUGCGACAUAUAAUAUGAAAGCACGCAUUUACGCAUUAACCUGUCUGGUUAUGUUCAGUGCCAUGGUGGAGCACAGUUUUCUUGUGUUUAAUUCGUUUCAUAAAAGCAAUUUAGAACGCACGCAAUGCAAAUACAACAUCACCUUCUGGGAAAGCCUCUACAGACGGGAAAGGCCACACUUAAGCAAAGUUGUACCGUUUAACUUUUGGUAUUUGCCUGUGGUGGAGUGGAUUAAUUUAACCUUGGCUUACCCCAGGUCAUUUACUGAUGCCUUCAUCAUUUGUGUAAGCGUGGGGUUGGCAUCACGUUUUCAUCAACUGCAUCUACGGAUCGAAUCGGUGCACAACAAGGCCUUACCAAUGCUCUUCUGGACUGAAGUACGAGAACAUUUCCUCGAGUUGAUACAUCUUAUGCGUUUACUUAACGACAAAAUAGCGCCGCUGAUACUAUUAGCAUGCAGUAAUAACAUGUACUUUAUCUGCUUUCAGCUGUUCAAUAGUUUCCAAAACAUCGGCGUUGACCUGGUUGCUGUUACUGCUUUCUGGUAUUCCUUGUUUUUCGCCAUCUUUCGCACCAUCCUUACACUUUUCAUGGCCUCCUCUGUUAAUGACUACAGCAAGCGGAUAUUGUGUACGCUGCGCAGCGUACCAAGCACGUCGUGGUGUGUGGAGGCCCAACGGUUCAGCGAGCAGUUGGCUUUCGACUUAACAGCUUGGUCUGGCUGCGGUUUCUUCUUCAUUACGCGACAACUAAUUUUGGCGGCAAGUCAAUAUAUAUACCUAAUACAUAAUUCCUGUCUUUAUCUUUGUCUGUAUGCGCAACCUUUGUCCUUUCACCGACUGAAAUAUACCAUAAAUAUAAUAUACGUGUGUUGUAAUAUAAUUUCUUUUACGUUUUCUUGCCUGCAGAUGGCCGGCACAAUCUUUACCUAUGAGGUGAUGGUUACUGAUGUCAUCAACAAGGGCUCCAUUCAGCAAGUUACGAGCUAUUGCAGGCCGAUUGAGUACGAAACUGGAAAUGAGUGAACUUAAAUGAACUGCGUAUUGAUUAGAACGUGAGCGUA